AUGUGGACCUUUCUAAUGCAGUUCUUCUCCACUGUGCUGCAGUUCCGCCUGUCAAUGACCAAGCCCAACGAGACAAUCGUGGCCUAUAAUCUGACAUCAACCGCUUUACCAUGCUAUGUAAUGGACUAUGCACCGCUGGUAUGGCUAUAUAGCAAGGAAACAUACAUGCCUUCGGAUAUCGGACAACAGCUUGUACACACAACACCAAUGGUGAAUUAUACUGCAAUCAAAGGAGCACCAUCGCCGUUAACGCUCAAUAACCUCGCAGGACUCAACAAGUUGGGAAACACCAGCGUCUACCUAACCUCAAUAGAGGGCAUUGAUGCUACUCCAGAGCCAGCAUGGUUUCGUGGAGUGAGGCCAGAUACAAAUGGUAAGACGAAUGGAGCUGUCUCAUCGACAAUCAUCACUCGUGAUCAUGGAAAUGGGACAGUAGAUGCAUUCUACUUUUACUUCUAUGCGUACAAUAUGGGAAACACAGUAUUGGGAAUGCAGUUUGGAGACCACGUCGGUGACUGGGAGCACAACAUGAUUCGCUUUGAUAACGGAGUCCCACAAGCAAUCUGGUACAGCCAACAUGCCGGAGGUGAAGCCUUCACCUACGACGCAACAGAGAAGCAAGGCAAAAGACCGAUCGCAUACUCCGCAAAUGGUUCUCAUGCCGUAUAUGCAGUACCUGGCACCCACGACCACGCCAUCCCACACCUCAACCUCCCCUUCGGCUUCGUAAUGGACUACACAGACAGAGGAACCCUAUGGGAUCCCAUCGCAAACGCAAACGCAUAUAGCUUCGACGCAGCCAGCCAGACAUUCCAGCCCUACGACCGCAGAUAUCCAGUCAACUGGCUGGAGUUCAAUGGACAGUGGGGAGACGACGCAUUGCCGGGGGGACCGGAGCUCUUUGGACAAGCGAAAUACAGUGCGGGCCCGAACGGGCCUAAAUUCAAACACCUUGUCAGGUCGACUGUUUGUCCGGAUAGUCCUUGCGUCGUGCUGCCUUUUCGUAUUUGGGAUGAUGAGGAGGGUGAGAUGAUGUAG